CAGCAUCCUCCACUCCAGCGCCAUCACAUUCGCAGCUCAGCGUCUGCUUCAACUCAAUUGAGCGUUUGUUUACUUUGAGUGCUUCUUUCCCCAAUCCCGGCGUAGCUAAUUUGGCUCUGCACACGAGCCUUCCCACGCUCAGGCAACGGCCACCGUUUGCCUAUCAGAUUGAAACACUGCACGCGGCCUUCUCUCAUCUCCCUCGACGCUGAAUCACAUAGCAUGGCGGGCGAAAAGGCCACCGGCAAUGCCGCUCGGACGCCCGCUAGGGCUGCCCCCAAGGCUACACCCGCAUCCAAGCAGCGAUCGAUUGUCUCGUUCUUUCAAAAGUCCUCACCGGCGGCGAGCACGCCCACCGCGGCAUCCUCUUCCGACAAGGUCUCUUCAGGUCCCCAGCCCUCGUGUCUGCAGGAGACCAAGGCCAACACUCUUCCCAAGCCAAAAGCAUCUGCGAAGCUCGUCACUCCCGUUCCCAGCAGCGACGCCCUAGAGCCUCCGAGCUCGCAAGAGAACGACACUAUCAAUUCCGAAUCUCGACCUGCGACUCUCCGGUCGUCACCUACAACCAUGACUUCGGGUCUACGGGCAAGCCACCUGUCUACACCAAAGGGCCUUGACGAAAAAAGCCCCUCUCGAAAGGCCGCCAGAAAGGUCGUCAAUUACGCCGAGUCUUCGGACGAUGAUGACGAGCCAUUCAGCUAUGGUGCCUCGCAGCCCCGACGCCGUACAAAAGCGCGCCCAGUCAUCCGAGAUGAGGAUGAAUUCGGUGGUAGCGACGCCGAGGCUCAAGACGAUGACGAUGACGACAUUGCCGAUUUUGUCGUUUCGGACGAGUCGGACGAGGAUACGCCCCGAUCGAAGAAGAGAAAGAGGGUCGCAAAACCCGCCAUUUCCAGGAAACGCUCCAAUGUUUCCCCUCCGACGAGGCGAGCCGACUCUCCCGUACUCGACGAUGAAAUGAUGGACGACUCACCAGUCUCAACUGCUGCCCAGUGGAACUACGAUCCGACCUCCAAGGACAAGCGUCCGGUGUCUACGCCUGCCGAGCGGGCCGCUCGCGAUCCCAAAGUCAAGGAAAAGGCGCACACCAGGGAGCCCGAGGACCGGUACCCGUGGCUGGCCAACAUCAAAGACAAGGAAAAGCGAGCUCCCGGGGAUCCUGAGUACGACCCGAGGACUAUUUACAUACCCCCAAUGGCCUGGUCCAAAUUCUCGCCGUUUGAAAAGCAGUACUGGGAGAUCAAGCAGAACCUCUGGGACACGAUUGUCUUCUUCAAAAAGGGCAAGUUUUACGAGCUCUACGAGAAUGAUGCCACCAUCGGCCACCAGGAGUUUGACUUCAAAAUGACUGACAGGGUCAACAUGCGCAUGGUGGGCGUGCCGGAGAGCUCGCUGGACCAUUGGGUGAACCAGUUCAUCGCCAAGCAGUACAAAGUCGCCCGCGUUGACCAGAUGGAAACCAACCUAGGCAAGGAAAUGCGCGAGCGCCAAGACAAGAACAAGAAGGCAGACAAGGUCAUUUCGCGUCAGCUCGCUUGCGUCCUCACGGGAGGAACGCUGGUUGACGGCGGUAUGCUCCAGGACGACAUGGCUGCGUACUGCGUCGCCAUCAAGGAGGGCGUGGUCGACGAUCGCCCCGCGUUCGGCGUCGUCUUCGCUGACACAGCCACUGGCCGCUUCUACGUGUCUGGCUUCGUGGACGAUGUCGAUCUGACCAAGUUCGAAACAUUGAUUGCGCAGACGGGGCCGCGCGAGCUGGUCCUCGAGAAGUCGCGGCUAUCUACCAAGGCGCUCCGCAUCCUCAAAAACAGCACCAGCCCGACGACCAUUUGGACGCACCUCAAGCCGGGCACCGAAUUCUGGGAUGCGGAGGUCUCACGCCGGGAACUGAACUGCGGUAACUACUUUGCCAGGGAAGAUGGCUCUGACGAAUGGCCCGAGGUGCUGCAACAGCACAAAGAUGACGACCUGGUCAUGUCGGCGAUGGGGGCGCUGGUGUCGUACCUCAAGUUCCUCAAACUCGAAGGGCCACUCCUGUCGCAGGGCAACUUUGAGGCGUACAGCCCGAUCCAGAAGAACGGCACCCUCAUCCUGGAUGGACAGACACUGGUGAAUCUAGAGCUUUUCGCAAACACUGCCACGGGUGGCUCCGAAGGCACGCUCUUUAGCCUGCUUAACAAGUGUGUUACGCCCUUUGGCAAGCGCCUGUUCCGACAGUGGGUCGCUCACCCCUUGUGCGACAUUGUGAGAAUCAACGAGCGCUUAGACGCGGUCGAGAUGCUCAACGCAGACCCCACGGACCGCGAGCAGUUUGCGUCUCAGCUGGUUAAGAUGCCCGACCUAGAGCGCCUCAUCUCCCGGAUCCACGCAGGCGCUUGCAAGCCGGAGGACUUUGUGCGCGUUUUGGAGGGCUUUGAGCAGAUAGAGUACACCAUGAGCCUCCUCGGCGCGUACAAGGGCGGCAACGGUCUCGUCGAUAGGCUGAUCUCGUCCAUGCCCGACCUCAACGAGCCGCUAAGCUACUGGAAGUCGGCGUUUGAUCGACGCAAGGCCCGAGAGGGCAAGGUGCUCAUCCCCGAACGCGGCAUUGACGAAGACUUUGACGAGAGCCUGACGAAGAUGGACGAGAUCAAGGGGCAGUUGCAGGACUUGCUGGUCGAGAAGAAGGCGGAGCUCAAGUGCAAGACACUCAAGUACACGGACGUGGGUAAGGAGAUUUACCAGAUGGAGACGCCCAAGAGCGUCAAGGUGCCGUCGACGUGGCGGCAGAUGUCGUCGACCAAAGACGUGAAGCGCUGGUACUUUCCCAAGCUGACGGGACUCGUGCGGGAGCUGCAGGAGGCGGAGGAGACGCACUCGCAGCUUGUCCGCGAGGUGGCGUCGAGAUUCUUCCAAAAGUUUGACGUCGACUACGAGACGUGGCUGAGGGCGAUCAAGAUCGUGUCACAGCUCGACUGCCUGGUCAGUCUCGCGCGCGCGUCGACGUCGCUGGGACAGCCAAGCUGCCGGCCGAGGUUUGUGGACGAGGAGCGGAGCGUGCUCAAGUUCGAGGAGCUGCGUCAUCCAUGCAUGAUCAACACGGUGGACGACUUCAUCCCCAACGACAUCAAGCUUGGCGGGGACGAAGCCAAAAUCAACCUGCUGACCGGGGCCAACGCCGCCGGCAAGUCGACGGUCUUGCGCAUGUCUUGCAUCGCCGUCAUCAUGGCCCAAAUUGGCAGCUUCGUGCCAGCUGUGUCUGCGACGCUCACGCCGGUGGACAGGAUCAUGUCGCGGCUGGGCGCCAACGACAACAUUUUCGCCGCGCAGUCGACAUUUUUCGUUGAGCUGUCCGAGACGAAGAAGAUCCUAUCGGAGGCGACGCCGCGGUCACUGGUGAUUCUGGACGAGCUGGGACGCGGGACGAGCUCGUACGACGGUGUCGCUGUGGCGCAGGCGGUGCUCCAUCACGUCGCAACACACAUUGGCUGCGUUGGCUUCUUUGCGACGCACUACCACUCGCUCGCCACGGAGUUUGAGAACCACCCCGAGAUACGGCCGCGGCGGAUGCAGAUCCAUGUCGACGACGAAGCGCGGCGCGUGACAUUUCUGUACAAGCUCGAGGACGGCGUAGCCGAGGGUAGCUUCGGAAUGCAUUGCGCGGCCAUGUGCGGCAUCACGAACCGGGUGAUUGAAAGGGCGGAGGUGGCGGCGCGGGACUGGGAGCACACGAGCCGGCUCAAGGAGAGCCUGGAAAAGGCGAAGACGGGCUGCUAUAUCCCGCUGGGGGUGCUGAGCGACGUGGGCUCGCUGCUGGGGGACAAGGGGGACAUGGGCAAUGGCGGCAUCGACGUGUUGCUCAAGGCCAUUGAGUGUCUGUGAUGGUUGUGGAGCUCGGCUGGGCACAACAUGGGUUACCUGGGCGUUUGAGACGGGAUUAUGGACAUUUUGGCCGGUGUAAAAUUCCGCUGCCUCGGCAUGCAGGGACGAAGUAGUCAGAAGAGCUACCGUGGGUAAUUUGACGCGUCGAAGCAGCAGUCGUUUCUUGUGGGGGUGCGUCUGCGAUGAUUGCGCCGUG